CAAUCUCUGACAUUAUCACUUCAAACUUCACAUCAACAGCGCGCAUCAUGCGUACAGUAUCUGUAUUCUCUUUAUUCAUUGUAUGUUUGUUUUGUAGUGUUAAAAUGGCAGCUGGAAGAAGCUUAUCGGAAAAGCCACAUUACAAACUAGAAGAUGCGCCACAACUAUUUGAAAAGUUUAUGAAAGAUUACGACAGAAAGUACGCAAAUGAUGAAGACAGAAAGAUUCACUACGACGCGUUUGUGAGAAGCUUAGAGAAAAUAAACAAAGCAAAUGCCUCCAACACAGCCACCUUUGAUAUUAAUAAAUUCGCCGAUUACACACCGGAGGAGAGUAAACAUUUGUUUGGAUUGUCAAAACGUACAUGAUUCAUAAUAUUGGAGUGACAAGGUAUCUAACACGUAUACAAUGAAUGGAUACCCAUUUUAUAUCUAAAUCUUAAACAGUUUGUAAUCCAGAAAGCGAUGUCUUUAAAAAUUAUAAACAUUAUUAAUUAA